GGUGUUCAGAAGCGGAAGCGAGCCGGAGGAGGAGCUGGAGUGUAUUUUCAGUUACCGUCGCCCGCUGUUGCAGCUCUGUGUUCGCAGUCGUCGCAAAGUCGGGUUUUCUGCAUCGAAGCACGUCACGGGGUCGGACUCUCUCCCCUGGAAACGCCUUUGAGCAAGGCUCACAAAACUCCCAAAUGAUGUGAAAGUUUGAGAUUCAGGAGCCGGACCGUGCGGUUGGUCUGAGGAAAGUGGCGCAGUGUAAACCUAUCAUCUUAUUUUAACGACCACUCUCCAGACUUCAGCUACAGUGCUAGCUAAGUCUGGAAACACAAAUAGCAAAACACCUGGCGGAGCUUCAUUUGCUUUUGUUCAGGGACAAUUUUCGACGUUUUGUUUUUUUGUGAAAACAAUUUACAAUAGCAAUCAAACAGAAAAUAACCUGUCAGGGAAAAAUAAAACUACCUUAAAACAUGGAGAAACCGGGAAAAGAGUCGAGGAAGAAGGGGUGCUGUGCCUCUUUUGUUGGUUACUUCAAGACCACCAGAUUUCUUAUUUAUCUGUGUCACGGACUGUCUUCAUGGGGAGAUAGAAUGUGGCACUUUGCUGUGGCGGUAUUUCUGGUGGAACUUUAUGGCAACAAUCUGCUUCUGACAGCUGUCUAUGGUUUGGUCGUAGCUGGGUCAGUCCUAUUGCUGGGAGCUAUCAUUGGUGACUGGGUGGACAAAACGCCCAGACUUAGAGUUGCCCAAGUAUCCUUGCUUGUUCAGAAUAUCUCAGUCAUCAUUUGUGGCAUCAUUCUGAUGAUGGUCUUCCUGUUCAAACCUUCUCUUGUCUCCAUGUUCCAAGGAUGGCUACUCACUUUCUGCUACAUUUUGGUUAUUACGAUCGGUAACAUUGCAAAUCUGGCGAGCACAGCCAUGGGAAUCACAAUUCAGAGAGAUUGGAUUGUUGUUGUCGCAGGAGAAGACAGAAGUAAAUUGGCAGAUAUGAAUGCUACAGUUCGCCGAAUUGAUCAGGUGACAAAUAUUUUGGCUCCAGUGGCAGUCGGACAGAUAAUGACAUUUGGCUCAACGGUGAUUGGCUGUGGCUUCAUUUCUAGUUGGAAUCUGUUCUCAAUGUGCUUUGAAUAUUAUCUGCUGUGGAAAAUUUACCAAAGAACACCUGCACUGGCCAUCAAAGCAAGUCAGAAGGUAGAUGAACAAGAGUUGAAGCCACUGAACAAACAAACAGAUACUGAGUCUGGCCAAGCAAAGACUGGCGAUGAAACAGGAUCAGGCCGUCCAGUUGAAGAUGCAUUGAAAAAAGAAGAAAAACGUUGUGGUGCCAAAAUUCUUGAGCCUUUCUAUACAUUAAGGGAUGGGUGGGUAGCUUAUUACAAGCAGCCAAUAUUCCUGGCUGGCCUGGGCCUGGCCUUCCUCUACAUGACGGUUCUGGGCUUUGACUGUAUUACAACAGGAUAUGCUUACACCCAAGGCUUGAGUGGAUUUGUCCUCAGCUUGCUGAUGGGGGCCUCUGCUGUUGCUGGAAUUCUGGGCACCAUUGCCUUUGUAUGGAUACGCCGAAAGUGUGGCCUGAUCAAGGCAGGCUUCAUUUCUGGUGUGACUCAGUUUUCAUGUCUGAUUUUGUGUGUGGUUUCUGUGUUCAUGCCUGGAAGUCCUUUGGAUUUGUCCGUGUCCCCUUUUAAGGAGCUGACCAACAGAAACCUGGAUCCAAAGGCCUGGAAGGAAGUAGUUGUACCAACAUCACAACCUUGGCUAAGCACUACAAUUGGGUACAACUACUCAACGACUGAAUCUCCAGGCACUGAGGAAUUUGAACCAGAAUCUUACAUCUCAGUUAGUUUGCUCUUCGCCGGUAUCAUUGCUGCAAGAGUUGGUCUCUGGUCCUUUGAUUUAACAGUAACACAACUCAUUCAAGAAAAUGUGGAUGAAUCAGAACGUGGCAAGAUUAAUGGUGUGCAGAAUUCCAUGAAUUAUCUCCUUGAUCUAGUACAUUUCAUCAUGGUCAUAUUAGCUCCCAAUCCAGAAGCAUUCGGUCUUCUUGUAAUCAUUUCAACCUCUUUUGUUGCUAUGGGGCAUUUGAUGUAUUUCGUGUAUGCAUACAAAUCAUUGGGAAGCCAACUCUUUGCUUGUAGCUCCAAAGACACAGCAACUCAGGGCAACAAUCCUCAAAUAACUGAUUGUGUAGCAGUCAGCACAAGUAAUGACUGAAGAGAUAAUAUCAUUUGUUUUGACCUAUACCUUAUAUUUUUAAGAUACCUACUUUUCAAGUAGCUUAGGCAUAUUAUACAGAAACCUUAUUAAGCCAGAUUUUCUUAGUGGCUACAUAUCUUUUUCUUCUGCUUCAUACCAUAUUAAAAUGUUGCAUGUAUGGCUCAAUUAGAUAUCGCCAAGUGAAUGAUUCAAAUCUAUUGAAGUCAUUUGCAUUUUCCGUAGGAAGCAAUUGACUAAUAAGUACAGUAUAACAUUAUCUGUUAGGGAAUAUAUGACUUUUACAUAGUGUAGUGGCUGAUGUUGGCUUGGUCAGAGAAAAGCAAUAAAAAGGUUCUUCGUAUAAAAGCUGAAUGUUUUAUACACAUUACCAUGUGAGAUGUCAGUUGAAUUAACAUUUAAAUGUAGUUUUAUUGAGCUAGCUACUAACAAGUGUUACCGUCUCUUUAUCAUUUUUACGCUCCAGAAUGGUAUAUAAUUGAUUUUCACUAAAAUAUUGUAUCUUCCUUGCUGCUAAUAUCAUGAAGGGAACUGUUUGCCAAUCUGCCAAUAACAUUUUUCAAACUAAUGUGAGUUAUAAAGGGAUUAAUAUUUUCAACUAAAUAGUGCCUUGACAUUAAAAAUGUGAGAUGCUGAAAUAACUACUUAAAUCACACUGUACCCAAGUACACUGCAGGGAGUUUCAGAGUGUGCAGGAAAUGGGAGUACGAACAUUUGCCAACAAAAUCUGUAGGCCAGAAAAUGUGUAAAUUAUAAGGGUGGAAAUGAUCAAUUCUUGUGUUUUCAAGAGAUAUUCAAUUCCAUACAUUAGGAGCUCCUUAUGACAUAGUCAUUCAUAUUAAACUCACUGGCACAACUGGAAAAUAGAUAGUUUUCUUUUUGGAAAAUUCUUAAUCUUAAAUGACCUUGUGGAACUUGGGUUUUUUGAGAGGGGGUGCUAGAAAUGUUCCACAUUACAUUACAUUCAAAGGGACGCCCUCUGGUUAUUCAUAUGAAAUCAUUAAGAUAGUUGCCAAGUAUUUGCAAGUAGUGUUCUUAAUAAUACUUUCCUCUUAAUUGUGGAAUAGGAGACAUGGCAUUUGUCCUUGGCAUAUUAUCCAAUACUCAAGUUCAAGUUGUGGUUGAAGCGACCACAAGUAGGGGGAUAACAAGUAAAGUUUUCCUUGUUUGAAGGUGGACAUUUGUGCAGUCCAAUCAAUGAUUAGAUUAAUGAGGAUAUCAAGUCUGUGUUGCAUUGAAAAUGAAAAUAGCAACUGUAAAACCAUGAGAAAUUAACCAUAGCCAAUGGAUAUGGAUCUUUGUAAUUUUAUUAUAAAUAUAGCUUUAGAAGAUCUUUAUGGUCAAUAUUUAUAUGUUAUAUUAGAGUCUGAAAUAGAAUUUCUGGAUUCAUCAAAAGAUAUGUUAACCAUUGUUUUAAAAUCCAUUUGUAGUUCUUUUAUCAGCUUGGCUGAAUUUGGUAAGCAUAUGACAAUAAACACUCCAAAAGUCACAGUUUCUGAAAUUGAAAACAUUGCUAAAUAAAAUGUUGCUAAAAU